AUGAUAAAUUCUCUAGAUCAACCUCAAUUUCCAGCACCGCCACCGCCAUCUUCAUCAUCCGGUAUCGUAAAUAAUCCUCAACCUCUGUUGGACAGAAGAUUCGAUGAAGAGAAAUUAUUAAUUUAUCGUGAAUUAUAUUACGAUGGAUUUAGUUCUAUUAUAGCAGCAAGAGAUUUAACUACAGGCGGUGGAGUAGCAGUGAAAAAAAUAGAUUUUCGUUUUAUGAAAACAAUUAAAGGUGCCUUUACAUUGCAUGAAUUAAAAAAACGUUUUUGUAAUAAAUUAUACGAAAAUACGCAUAAACUAAGUACACUUUCAUCGAAUACAUGUAUUCUCAAGUUAAUUGAAUUUAUUGUUGAACCAAAGCGUUUAAUUAUUAUGACAGAAAUGUGUAUAUUUGGAGAUUUUUUCAAUUGGAUCUUGCAACAACAUCAUUUAUAUGUGAAAGAUAUUUGUUUAAUGCUACAGUAUUUAUUUCAAGCUGUUUAUUAUUUACACUCACAUAAUUGUAUCCAUGGUAACCUAUUGCCUACUCAUGUGUUAUUUCAAACUUUAUCUCCACAAUCCGUGACGCUGAUGUUAGAUAUGAGUAUAAAAAGUGAAAUUUUCUAUUUAACUGGUCAACCAUCAACAAUUAUUUAUGGUUGGGCACCAGAAUUUAUACGUACUAUUCUACAAUCUGUUGAUAUUAUGCCGACAGAUAGUUUUAGUAAUAAUAUGAGUAUAGAUUAUCAAAUGAAUAAAAAUAAAGAGAAAUUAUUACAAAAAACACGUAUGAUGGAUAUCUGGAGUAUUGGUGUUAUAGCGCAUAUUGCAUUCACUGGUCGACCGCCAUAUCAAGCUGAACAAUUACAUGAAUUGCUAAAAUUAAUUGAUAUUAAUCAAGGAAAGUUAAAUCAUCCGCUCAUUAAAUCAUUUCAUAAAACAAUUAUUGAUAAAUUAAUACAAUUAUUACAAAUUGAUCCAUUGAAACGUUACUGUUCAUUUAUUGAAAGUAAUAAUUGUAAUACUAGUACGACUACUACUACUAAUAAUAAUAGUAAUAAUGAUUUCCACUGGUGGUGUAAUCAUGAUGAAAUUAAAAAUGAUGAGCGGAAUUUAUUACACAUUAUUGAAUAUGAUAUGAUGAGCACAUGUAGACGAUAUCGUUUCCAUGGUAGACAAUUAUUUGAAAAGAUAUUCUUAGCAAAAGAACAGAAGAACAAAAAUAAAACAAAGAAUCUAUAA